ACUUUGCAACGUCAGAGCCUUCCCACCUGCCCGCCUCCUGCACAGCCUCGCGCCUGCUGCUGGACAAGCCCAGCCAGUAACCUCAGACCGUGUGAGGGUGGCUUGAAGAAGGGACCCUGUACAGCCCAGAGCCAGGGUCCCCCCUGCAGAGACCAGGUGCCCCGCUCAGGUGGAGAACCAAGACCUGAGCGACUGUGUUGGGAAGAAGGUCCUACCGACAAACUGAGAAUGAAGUGAGCACCUGAGAGCUGAGCUGUGCUGCUGAAUGGACCAGGAGGCAAGGAGUGGCUGACCACCCCUCCUGGCAGGCAGGGGCCCCCUUGGGCGGCAGUCACAGCGCCACCCUAGCUGAACAGGGCUUCUCCAGGAGCAGGACAUCCAGGCUGCUGUCCCCAUGGCAGCCUUCCUCUCUGCCGGCCUGGGGGUACUGGCACCCUCAGAGACUUACACCCUGCCUAUGACCAGCUCCAGCUGGGAGCCCCGGCUGGUUUCUCCGAGUCCAUCCGGCCCUUCCACUGACUCCACAGGGAUCCAAGUCGGGGCCGAGCCCACGGGGCAGGGUCCCAAGAACCCAUGUGUGUCUAGCGUGACAGUCCAGCUGGAGAUGAAGGCCCUGUGGGAGGAAUUCAACCAGCUGGGCACAGAGAUGAUUGUCACCAAGGCAGGCAGGAGGAUGUUCCCCACCUUCCAGGUGAAGAUCCUGGGCAUGGACUCACUGGCUGACUAUGCCCUGCUCAUGGACUUCGUACCCCUGGAUGACAAGAGAUACAGAUAUGCCUUCCACAGCUCAGCCUGGCUGGUGGCAGGCAAGGCGGACCCGGCCACACCCGGCCGCGUGCACUUCCAUCCCGACUCACCCGCCAAGGGCGCCCAGUGGAUGCGUCAGAUCGUGUCCUUCGACAAGCUCAAGCUGACCAACAAUCUGCUGGAUGACAACGGCCACAUCAUUCUCAACUCCAUGCACCGCUACCAGCCUCGCUUCCAUGUGGUUUUCGUGGACCCACGCAAGGACAGCGAACGCUACGCCCAGGAGAACUUCAAGUCCUUCAUCUUCACAGAGACCCAGUUCACAGCCGUGACAGCGUAUCAGAACCACCGAAUCACCCAGCUGAAAAUCGCCAGCAACCCUUUUGCCAAGGGCUUUAGGGAGAGUGACCCGGACUCCUGGACUGGAUCUCCACGGCCCCUGCUCAGUGUUCCAGCCCGGAGUGGCAGCAGCCUCAGCCCCUGCCUGAUGAAGGGCUCCACAGAGCAGGAGAAAGACCCCAACAAGGCUCCAGCCUCCACCUCCAGAACCCCUGCCCGACUCCACCAUCAGCUGCUGGCCCCCCCUGAGGCUCUGCUGGCCCCAGCCACCUAUCGGCCCCUCACUUACCAGGACCUAUACCCUGGAGUCUCAAGCCCCCUUGGAAUCCCAAGGGCCCGACCAACACCAUACCCCCUCCCCAAUAUCCAGGCUGACAGGGAUCAGGAGGGCCUACCUCUCCCAGCUGGGCUGGGGCUUCUGUCCCCCAGCACCAUGUGCCUGGGGUCUCGCCAGGACCCUCAGUGAUAGUGGGUCCCCUGUGGACAGUCUUCCUACCUUGGGCCCCACCCUUCCAGCCUCACCUCAGCAGAGAACCCCUCUUUUCCCAAGGACAGCAAUGCAGGUGGAAGCCCAGAGAAGGAGGCUGCCUGCUCAGUCACAGCAAACCUGGGAUGGUGCCAGACUUGGAACCAGGCCCCCUACCUCCCAAUCUGUCCCCUUCUGUCUUGGGGGGGGGGACUCCUCCAAACCCUGCUUUACCCCUCCCUUACCCUCAACAUUAAACUAUUUGGCAUGGGUAGUCAGAGCACUUCUGUCCUCAGGGAUUGGGGUGGAGGGCCUCAGGAAUGCCCAGACCCCAGAGUCUGGUCUGCGGGCGUCCCAAAGCUCUGCCCAGUGCAGUUCGUAUCCUGGAAGAACAGAGUGAUGGUCAACGUGGUGACAACAGUCGAGUGGUAGGACUGUGUGGGAGGCUGAGGUUGCUGCCCUGCCUUACGUGCCCAAAUGAGGACUGAAACCGCAGCACGGAGAGGCAAGUGCUCCAAGUCAAAGCAAAGUAUGGUGACACCUACCAUUCCACGUUUAGGUGCUGUACGGAAGGCUAGGGUUGUCUGUCCUCGAGGGGCCAGGGUCUUGUGGAUAGGUGCAGAACCACAACAGGCCAUGACCUCAUGGGCCAAGGUGGGGCGGGUGGAGGGAUUUGAGAAUCUGAUCAAGAUUCGAGACAGGAGAGCUUCUAGAGAAAGUGACAUUUAAACUAACACCUAAAGGAGAAGAAAUUGUUGGGGAGCGGGGACUGGACGAAGGGAGAAAACUCAGGGCAAAGGCCUGGGGCUGGAGUGGGUCCCUUGGAGCGGUAGCGCGCGGCGCGCGCCACCUAGCGGAACCAGGAAAAGAGCCCCGGAGGGCACUCCUCCUCCCGCCUCUGACGUCUUCGGCCUCCCAAGGGGAGCCCCCUGAACCCGCUAAACGCCGACUCCGCCCAUCCUGUGAGGUCCUUGGAGAGACACCAACACAAGUGGGGGCGCAGGGACGCGGAGCCCGGCGGGGCCUCAACAGAAAGACACCCCGCCUCCUGACCUCCGCGGUCAGAAGGGCUGGGUUCGGUUGCCGGGCUGGGCACCA